GCUGCAGGGAGCCGGCAGAGGCGGAGGCGCUGCCGCCCCCGGAGGGCCCGAAGAGUUGGGGCGCAGUGUCAGAAGUUUAUAUGGAUCAGUGGUACUUGCUCAACAGUGACAGUGGAGAUCAGCACUAAGUCUGCUCCUCUGGAUUAAAUUGCAGACUUGAGGCUCUGGAUCCCACUGGCACUAUUGGUGUUUGAUUGCUCCUUAUGGUGUAACUGGUGAUUGUUCCUGAGAAGAGAGAAGAUGAUGAGUGAUGCAAGUGACAUGCUCGCUGCGGCUCUGGAGCAGAUGGAUGGCAUUAUAGCAGGGUCAAAGGCACUGGAGUACUCCAAUGGCAUCUUUGACUGCCAGUCCCCCACCUCCCCCUUCAUGGGGAGCCUGCGGGCACUGCACCUGGUGGAGGACUUGAGGGGCUUGCUGGAGAUGAUGGAAGCGGAUGAGAGGGAAGGGCUACGCUGCCAGGUCCCGGACUCGACGGCAAUGGCUCUGAUUGGAUGGCUCCAAAGUCAAAUGACUAAUGGACACAUAUCUGGGAAUGGAGAUGUAUAUCAAGAAAGGCUGGCUCGUCUGGAAAAUGAUAAGGAAUCUCUUGUUCUGCAAGUGAGUGUGCUUACAGACCAGGUGGAGGCCCAGGGAGAAAAGAUUCGGGAUCUGGAGUUCUGUCUGGAGGAGCACAGGGAAAAGCUGAAUGCUACGGAAGAGAUGCUGCAGCAGGAGCUUUUAAGCCGAACAUCCCUUGAAACUCAGAAGCUGGAUCUUAUGGCAGAGAUUUCCACUCUGAAGUUAAAGCUUACAUCUGUAGAGAAGGAUAGAUUGGACUAUGAAGACAGAUUCAGAGACACAGAGGAUUUGAUCCAGGAAAUAAAUGAAUUGCGGUUGAGAGUGGGAGAAAUGGACAAUGAAAGACUCCAAUAUGAGAAAAAACUGAAAACGACCAAAGAUGAGCUACUAGCUUUGAAAGACAAACUAGAGCAGAAGGAAGCUGAGGUGAAAAGGUUGCAAGAAAAGUUGGUUUGCAAACUGAAAGGAGAAGGAAUUGAAAUACUGGACAGAGAUAUAGAGGUGCAGAAAAUGAAGAAGGCAGUAGAAUCUCUAAUGGCCGCAAAUGAAGAGAAGGAUCGGAAGAUAGAAGAGCUUCGGCAAUCUCUGAAUAGGUACAAGAAAGUUCAAGACAUGGUGAUACUGGCUCAAGGUAAAAAAGGCAAGGAAAGUGAUGGUGAAGACUUCUUGAAUUCAGGGUCUGUUUCCACUGCUUUAUUGGACACACCAAGUCUGACUGACCCAGAGAAAAGCCCAUCCCCAACCCCAGUCACAGCAUCUCCAGUCCAUGACGAAUGUAACAUGAAUAUUCACGAAGAGAAUUCCUUACAGAUCCACACCAGUAUUUUACAGAUUUCAAUUCCUUCUUUUUCAUCAACAUCCAAGAGCUCGGAAACUGUUGCAGAGAAACUGAAAACACAGCCUAGGCCAGAUCCUGCAAGUGAAAUGAGUGAAGGAAGGUCAAUAGGCUCUUCCCCAGAAACUCAGCUGUGUGACAGCCCAGUAACUUCUUCCCUGCAGAAGUCCAGCAGCCUGAGCAGUCUGAGAAAAGAGAUAUCUGAAGCGGACAGAGACUCUGCACAGAAGCCAACAGAGGUUAAACCUCCUGUGGAAGGUAAUAAUUUCGCAACCCUCCCUCCAAAGUCUCCUUCUCAUGGUGCCACAGGCGACGAGGACAGUUUUGGUACCCGUAAAGCCAGAUCCUCCUUUGGACGAGGCUUUUUCAAGAUAAAAAAUAACAAGAGGACUGCAAGUGCCCCCAAUCUGGAUCGCAGUCGAAGUGCAAGUGCACCUACUUUAGCUGAAACAGAGAAGGGAUCUGCAGAUAACUUGGAUCUGGCUGGCUUGCGUCCUUGCUCAAAAGAAGCAGAUAGUCUACAGAUGACACCACCUUCUCCGGAUUCCAGGAAGAAGGCCAGGGGAAUCAAGAGAUUAUUUGGAAAACUCAAAAGAAGCCAGUCCACCACCUUCAACCCAGAUGACAUGUCUGAGACGGAGUUCAAAAGAGGAGGGACAAGAGCAACUGCAGGGCCACGACUGGGCUGGUCUCGAGACCUGGGGCAGUCUCACAAUGAGCUGGACAUGCCAUUCGCAAAGUGGACAAAGGAGCAGGUUUGCAACUGGCUGCAGGACCAAGGGCUAGGCUCUUACAUAAAUAAUGGCAGACACUGGAUACUGUCUGGGCAAACACUUCUGCAAGCUUCUCAGCAGGAUCUGGAAAAGGAGCUUGGGAUAAAGCACCCAUUGCAUCGGAAGAAGCUUCAGCUUGCUCUGCAGGCACUUGGAUCUGAAGAGGAAAACAAUCACGGAAAAUUGGAUUACCACUGGGUUACCAGGUGGCUGGAUGACAUUGGCCUCCCCCAGUAUAAGACCCAGUUUGAUGAAGGAAAGGUGGAUGGCCGAAUGCUCCAUUACAUGAGCGUGGAUGACUUGCUGUCCUUGAAAGUUGUCAGUGUCCUUCACCAUCUCAGCAUCAAGAGAGCCAUUCAGGUUUUGAGAAUAAAUAACUUUGAGCCCAACUGCCUGCGCAGGAGGCCGUCUGAUGAGAAUAACGUCACACCUUCCGAGGUCACCCAAUGGACCAACCAUCGCGUGAUGGAGUGGUUGCGCUCUGUUGAUCUGGCAGAGUAUGCACCUAACCUGCGGGGGAGCGGUGUGCAUGGGGGACUGAUGGUUUUGGAGCCUCGUUUCAAUGUAGAAACCAUGGCACAGUUGCUGAACAUCCCACCAAACAAAACACUACUCAGACGGCACCUGGCCACUCAUUUCAACCUCCUUAUUGGUCAGGAGGCCCAGCAGCAGAAACGUGAAGCUAUGGAGUCCCCAGACUACGUCCUUUUAACAGCCACUGCCAAAGUAAAGCCAAAGAAACUUGCCUUCAGCAGUUUUGGAAGCCUGAGGAAGAAGAAGCAAGAUGAUGUGGAAGAGUAUGUAUGUCCUAUGGAGCUGGGACGGGCAUCUGGAAGUGGGUCAAAGAAGGGUUUUAAGCCUGGCCUGGAUAUCCGAGUAUAUGAUGAUGAUGAUCUGGACAGGCUGGAGCAGAUGGAAGAUUCAGAGGGAACAGUGAGGCAAAUAGGAGUGUUUUCUGAAGGCAUCAACAACUUGACACACAUGUUGAAGGAAGAUGAAAUGUUUAAAGACUUUGCAACUCGCUCUCCUAGCACCAGUAUAACGGAUGAGGACUCCAACGUGUGACAGUAACCACCAGGCACUGGCAAAGGCUCACUUUUGUAUGUGCAAGAAACGCCAUCAUUAUACAUGACGGGCAGCAGAUCAUGUACUUUACAUUGCUCUUGCUUCUGUUUCUUAGAAGUAACACUGGGGGCUGGAGAAUUUAGGAAAAUGAAAAGGUGCCUACUCUAAAGUUGCCAUAAGAAACACGCUGACACUGGUGAAUGGUAAUUGUUUUUACUAUAUUUAAUGUACAAACUGGUGAUUAUGUUUCAGAGUGUUGCAUUUAAUUUUAUGUGGUAUAAUAGUGCUCCUUUUGCUUAUUCAUGGCCUCAGAUAAUACUUUAUAUUGUUUCAAAAUAACAGAAGUUGUUAGGUAGAAGUAUUGUGUCUGUAGAUAUCAUGCACCAGCUUUUUCUAGGCUCUCAGCUGAAAAUAGAUGUUCCUGCUCUUUUUCAAGUUUAUUUGUUCAGCACAAAUGCCAGUUCUGCCCUUCCCACAGUAUCCAAUGUUGAAUUUUAAUCAUCCAUGCCCCGCAUCAACCCCUCAGUAGCUCUUGACUGUUGCUCUUAUUUUUAUACAGUUUUAUAAAAAAAGAAAAAGGAAAAAAGAAGUAUAUGAAGUACAUAUAAAAACAGAAAUUUAGAUUUUGUGAGAGAGAGUGAUGGAAAGUUCGAGGUGUGGGGGAAGGGGAGAGGGUUGUAAAAAGAAAUUAUGCCAGUUUGCAUACCAGCUGGUUACUGGAAAAGGCAGGCUGACCUUUGGAACUGUUUUCUUUCAUUGCUUUUUACUUAAGUGCACAGUUUAAUGAUCUUCCAUUUGGGAUGAUGAAACAAUUACAAAGCAGGUUUCUUCUAGCAGUGACUCAUGCAGGAGCUGCACACUUUAGAACACCUUUCUUGUUCCCAGCAGCAGUAGUUAGAGCAUCCAAACAAGGUGAUUAACACUUCUGUGCCAUAAAAACUUCCUCUGAGUUGAGAGUACUCCCUGCAUAUGGAAGAGAUAUUUCUGUGCUGUAACUAACGUAAAGAUGGUGUAGUUGCAAAAAAGUAUAAAGUUAUAUAGAGAAAUGUAUAGGAAAUAUAUUAUUUCAGAAUAUUAAACCUAAGGUGGGACUUUCUCUCCAAGAUUCAGCUAUCAAAAUCAUUUUACCUUCUCAAAGCACAGCUCCUCUGCUUUUGAAGAUCAUCAGAUUUUAAUAACUAAGCCAGUGGAAAUCUUUUGUCAGACUCAAGGAUGUAACUCUGUUUAUUACAGUGGUCAUUCGUACGGUGUUGAACGUUGCAUGUAUUUUAGCACAAUGGCAUGAAGCUUCUUUGCUUUGUAAGGGCAAAAAAAGUACAUCUGGAAUUGUUCCCUGCGGUGGUGUGUUGCUGUACCGAGCGUUUGUGGCUUGUUUCGUCGCUCUCCUUGCUGGAAGUGAGACUGUUCCCAACACAUUGCUCUCAUGGUGCAAGGGGUGUCAGAUUUGUGCUGAUGUUGUGGGUGUUUAUGAAACACUAUUACCAAAGCUAGGAGAAGAAGAAAGGUUCUUACGGGGUUCAGGGUUCAAGGGCUUCCAGGGAGCUCCCAUCAUAGAUUGGGGUAGAUUGGAGACACACUCUAGCAUUGUAUUAUUGUAAUUUGAUAAGCUGUUGCCAGCCUGGUUCUUUGAAGGAUGUGCAGCACAGGCUAUUAUUUAUGUAGCAAGAUGAAAAACUUGAUGUGGAUCAGUUGUGUUACACAUAAUAUCAGGUGCUGCCAUUUUCUCUUUAGUUAUUGGAGCCAGGCAAACAAUCCAUAAUGUAUACGUAAAAUAGUUUGUGCUGCUUAACAGUUACCUACAAACAGAUCCCAACUGAAGCUUUAUUCAGUAUUCCUGACGAAUUCCUGUCUGUAAAUAAUUUGCUGACUGUUGUUUAUUCCUCUGCAGUCUUGGGGGUGUUUGAGCUAUUUUAUUCAGGCAGAAAUACCCCAUUGUGGAAUACCUGCUCUCAGCUUUAGGGUGCAGAUGCUUGGGAUGGGAAUUCAGGGCUCACUUUCUGUGAAUACUCUGUAAUAUGGUUGUUACUCACAUGUAAGUUGAGCUUAAGACCCUGCUCUCCCAAAUGCUGUGGAAGCACUGGGAAGACACGGUGCAGGCCUCUGAGCUAAAGUAUUCCUCCAGGUUCAAUCUCACUAGUGAAUAUGACUGGAUAUUCACAGGAAAACAUAAGGGGACCCAGUAACACAAUAUUAUGUGCUGAAAUAGGCACAAGUAGUCUCUGAUUUCUCUUCAGUCCAGUGCUAUCCUGUCAACAAAGGCAGAUGAUGGUUUAAGUAAGUAAGUCCAGUGUAAGUAGCAUUCUGCUCCCAACAACCCCAUUCCUGCAUUCACCAGUUGGAAGUCAGGUCAUCACUUUGAAGCUGCCUGUCCUCUGAACCUUGGUUAUUUUAUGGGGCUGGAAUAUGAAAGCAAGUGAUCAAGUCAGGAAGUUUAUAUGUGCAUGUGCACACAAUGAUACUGUUGGGGUAUUUAAAUUUGCGUGUGUUUGAAGAGGGCAACAUAACUAUUGUGUAUUGCCACAUAAAAUCCAAUAAAGUCUGUGGAAAAUGCCAA